UGGAUCCAAAGUGGAAUGAAGAGUUUUUCUUCAGAGUCAAUCCUCAGAGGCACAGGUUUCUCCUGGAAGUAUUUGAUGAGAACCGUUUGACAAGAGAUGAUUUCCUUGGUCAGACGGACAUUCCUCUCUGCCAGCUGCCGACAGAGAAUCCAGCUACUGAGAGGCCAUACACAUUUAAGGAUUUUGUUCUUCACCCACGGAGUCACAAAUCCCGAGUGAAAGGGUUCCUCCGGCUCAAAAUGACGUACUUGCCUCAGAGCCAUGGCCCGGAAGAAGAUGGCCUGGAGCCAGCGGAAGAGCUGGAGCCCGGCUGGAUUAUCCUGGACCAACCGGAAGCCUCCUGCCAGCUGCAGGAGCCGGAGGCCCCUCUCCCGCCGGGCUGGGAGGAGAGGCAAGACUUACUCGGCAGGACUUACUACGUCAACCACGAAUCCAGGAGGACGCAGUGGAAGAGGCCGGCUCCUCAGGACGGCCGGCCCACCCCGGAGAGCGACCGCACCCACCUGGAAGCGCAUCACGCCUUUGCCCACCGGCAUCAAAUCUCAGAGGAGGCCGAGAGCCUGGACAGCAGCGAAUCCCCCGAGAGCUGGGAAAUCAUAACAGAAGAUGAAGCAACUCUCUACAGCCACCAGAGCCCCGAGGCAGCCGUCCUGCAGCACCCUGCGGAGGCCGAGGCGCCCCCCGUGGAAGGCCAAAGCACUUCGCUGACCCCCACGGCAUCCUGCAUUAGUGACUCCAGUGGAAGUGGCAGCCUGCAGACAUAUAGCCCGGAGGAGCGCCCGGUGGUCCCAGUGCUCCUCCCCACUUCGACUGGGCUGCCUCCCGGUUGGGAAGUCCGAACAGACGACAAAGGCCGGCCUUACUACAUAGACCACAAUUCCCAGACGACCACCUGGCAGAAGCCGGCAGUGCAGGCAGGAGCAGAUGGGAAUCCAGUGGCCCUCACGCCGAGUCCUUCCCUGGGUCAUCUGGCAGCAUCGCAUGACUCGUCCCGACAGCCGUGGCCUCCAGGGCCUCUCCCGAAAGGCUGGGAAGUCCGCAAUGCACCGAGCGGGAGGCCGUUCUUCAUCGAUCACAACACCAAGGUGACUACCUGGGAGGAUCCCAGACUGAAAAUUCCACCUCCAAUGAGAAGGAAGACCUCUUUGGAGGCCGGGGAACUUGGCCCCUUGCCGCCCGGCUGGGAAGAGAGGGUUCACACGGACGGAAGGGCCUUCUUCAUCAACCACAACACAAAAAAGACUCAGUGGGAAGACCCUCGCCUCCAGAAUGUAGCGAUAACUAAACCGGCUGUGCCGUAUUCCAGAGAUUACAAACGGAAGUACGAGUUCUUCAGGAAGAAGCUGAAGAAACCAAAUGACAUCCCCAAUAAGUUUGAACUGAAACUCCGCCGGAACAACAUCCUCGAGGAUUCCUACCGCAGAAUUAUAGCCGUGAAGAAAGCAGAGUGCCUGAAGGCGAGGCUGUGGAUCGAAUUUGAGGGGGAGAAAGGCUUGGACUACGGAGGGGUCGCCCGGGAGUGGUUCUUCCUGCUCUCCCGGGAAAUGUUCAACCCCUACUACGGGCUCUUUGAGUAUUCGGCCGCGGACAACUACACUCGGCAGAUCAACCCAAACUCGGGGCUGUGCGAUGAAGACCACCUUUCCUACUUCAAGUUCAUCGGCCGGGUGGCAGGAAUGGCCGUGUAUCAUGGGAAGCUGCUGGAUGGGUUUUUUAUCCGCCCUUUUUAUAAGAUGAUGCUUCAGAAGCCCAUCACUCUUUGUGACAUGGAAUCUGUGGACAGCGAAUAUCACAGUUCGCUGAAAUGGAUUCUCGAAAACGACCCCACAGAGCUGGACCUCCGGUUCAUGGUUGAUGAAGAGCGUUUUGGGCAGACUCAUCAGCAUGAAUUGAAAAGUGGCGGCUCUGAUCUGGUGGUCACCAAUGAAAACAAGCAUGAGUACAUCUACCUCGUGAUCCAGUGGCGCUUCGUGAACAGAAUCAAGAGGCAGAUGGCCGCCUUCAAGGAGGGUUUUUUUGAACUAAUACCUCAAGACCUGAUACGAAUUUUUGAUGAAAACGAGCUGGAGCUGCUGAUGUGCGGCCUGGGUGAUGUCGACGUGAACGAUUGGAGGGAACACACCAAGUACAAGAACGGCUACAGCACGAAUCACGUUGUCAUCCAGUGGUUUUGGAAGGCUGUGCUGUUGAUGGAUUCUGAAAAACGGAUCAGACUUCUUCAGUUUGUGACGGGCACCUCCCGCGUACCAAUGAAUGGCUUUUCGGAAUUGUACGGUUCCAACGGACCACAGCUGUUCACCAUCGAGCACUGGGGCAGCCCUGACAAACUGCCGCGUGCCCACACCUGUUUUAACCGCUUGGACCUGCCUGCCUAUGAGUCCUUUGAAGACCUCUGGGAGAAGCUUCACGUGGCCAUUGAAAAUGCUCAGGGGUUUGACGGGGUUGACUGA